CUAUCUUUCCUCUGCCAAUCCCUUUUCGUUAAUCUCCCCUGCUUUCUCGCUUCUCCUCCAUAUCUGUACCAUAUACAUCUAUAGAUACACCCUUACAAUCUUCUAUAUAUACCCUCAAAUACCCACAUCGCAAAUCCACCCACAUCACCACCAACCCACCAACCAUUCUCCAGCCAUGGCUCCUCUUGGGAGAUCUCUUCCCUUUUUCGUCCUGCUUUCUUUGCUUUCAAUCGCUCUAGCGUUGGAUAUGUCCAUUGUUGAUUACAAUAUCAGGCAUGGACAAAACCCACUACCACAAAGAACCGAGGCUGAGGUUCAAAGAAUGUACGAGAUGUGGCUGAUGAAACAUGGCAAAGCCUACAAUGCUUUGGGAGAGAAGGAGAAACGGUUUGAGAUUUUUAAGGACAAUCUCAGAUUCAUAGAAGAACAUAACUCUGUGAACCGGACCUACAAGGUUGGUUUGAACCGGUUUGCCGAUCUGACCAACGAGGAGUACCGGGCUAAGUUCUUGGGUGCAAGGAUGGAGAGAAAGAAUCGAUUGGGAGCCGGCAGGAGCCAGAGGUAUUUGUUCAAUAAAGGAGAUGAUUUGCCGGAGAAGGUUGACUGGAGAGAGAAAGGAGCUGUUGUCCCUGUCAAGGAUCAAGGACAGUGCGGGAGUUGCUGGGCUUUCUCAACUAUUGGUGCAGUGGAAGGUAUAAACCAGAUUGUUACUGGUGAGCUGAUCUCUCUGUCAGAGCAGGAAUUAGUGGACUGUGACACAUCUUAUAACCAGGGAUGCAAUGGAGGUCUCAUGGACUAUGCUUUUGAAUUUAUUAUGAAGAAUGGUGGAAUUGAUACUGAAGAAGAUUAUCCUUACAAGGCUACUGAUAAUAUGUGUGAUCCCAGUAGGAAAAAUGCUAAGGUAGUUACUAUUGAUGGAUAUGAAGAUGUUCCUGAGAAUGAUGAGAAAUCUUUGAAGAAGGCUGUGGCACAUCAACCAGUCAGCGUUGCCAUAGAAGCUGGUGGCAGGGCUUUCCAGCUCUACCAAUCGGGAGUUUUUACUGGAAGCUGUGGCAUUCAGCUUGAUCAUGGUGUGGUUGCUGUCGGAUACGGUACAGAAAAUGGUGUAGAUUACUGGAUCGUGAGGAAUUCAUGGGGUCCUAGAUGGGGAGAGAAUGGUUAUAUCAGAAUGGAGCGUAAUGUGGCCGGCACAAAAACCGGCAAGUGUGGGAUUGCUGUGGAGGCUUCAUAUCCAACCAAAAAGGGUGCUAAUCCUCCUAAUCCUGGUCCCUCCCCUCCAUCUCCGGUUAACCCUCCACCUCCGGUGAGGCCACCAACCGAAUGCGACAACUCCUACUCAUGUCCGGAGGGAAACACCUGCUGCUGUAUUUAUGAAUACAGUGGCUUUUGCUUCGGAUGGGGAUGCUGCCCUCUUGAGUCCGCAACCUGCUGUGAUGACCAUUACAGCUGCUGCCCUCAUGAGUAUCCUGUCUGUGACCUUAAUGCUGGAACCUGCCGCAUUAGCAAGGAUAAUCCAUUGAGCAUAAAGGCACUGAGAAGAGUUCCUGCUAAAAGAACCCACAGCGCCGGUCGCAUAGCUUUUGGCAGGCUCUAUUAGGCUCUGCAGAAGAUUAAGAAGAGUUGCAAUGGAGCAGCUUUUCAGCAGUGGACAAAGUUGCAAGGAGGACUUCUUCCAUUGAACUACAAGAAUAUUUGUAUCUUACCCUUGUUAAACUCACAAGGCCAGUUUAUUAUUUAUCAGUUUCUUGGUGAUUACUGUAAAUAUUCAUUUCUGCUGAAGGAGAUAAGGAUCCAUUUCAUCUAAAUUUAUAGUCACCAGCCAUUGAUUCUCUUAAUUAAGGUUGCUGGUUUAUUACUAUUUGUAUUGAUAUGAUUUAUGAGCAUAAAUCAGAAUUCAGAUGACAGCUAUUAUUUGAUGAAUGCUUGAUUUUAUGGUUUCUUACA